AUGGGCCUUGGCGCCAACGCGGAGGAGAGUGAGACGACGCGGCAGACACGAGGCACCAGCGACGGGGAAAUUCCGUUUGAGAAUCUCGACGGACAGGAGCAGGCUGCGGCGCUACACCAACUCAUCAGGAAAAGCUGCGUUGAGAUGGCGCUGAACCGUGUGGAUGGGAACGACGACCUCUACGUCGGCGGCAUCUGGGCCCUCCGCCGCCCGUCGGCGCUCAAGGAGCGCAACAUCACGCACAUCCUCUCCGUCGUGCGCUUCGACCCCGCGGGGCUGAGGAGCGAGACGGACACGUGGGAGAACUACGGCAAGAGCUACAAGCACAUGGUCAUUGACGUGGACGACGUCGAGGACUCGGAUCUGCUGGUGCAUCUGCCUGCGGCGGUGCGCUUCAUUGAGGAGGGGCUGCAUCCUGGGUCGGCGGCCGCUGAGGGCAAGAAGGAGGCCGAAGAUGAGGACAGCUUCGAGGAGAAGAAAAAGAAGCUCAAGGCGGCUGUGAAGCAGGACCUGGCCGAGGAUGCAGACGCCAUCACGCCUGCCAACGAUGACGCCCCGCCCCCUGCGAAGGAGUUCGACGAGCUGAAGCUGAAGACGGACGAGAGCAAGCCGCCGGCCGUGUACGUCCACUGCGCCAUGGGCAAGUCGCGGUCCGUCUCGGUCGUCGUGGCGUACCUCCUGUGGAAACACCCGGGCCGCUUCGGCCGGUCCAAGGCGUCGACCGAGGCGGCACAGAAGGCGUCCUUGUCGAAGAUGGACGAGAAGACCGCCGCGGGCGUGAAGCAGCGCGCCAAGGAGGCCGUCGAGGCGGCGGUGAAGUGGGUGCGUAACACGCGAGAGAUCGCGGAGCCGAACCCCGGGUUCAUUGCGCAGCUGGAGAUGUGGUGGGCGAUGGGGUGCCCCGCGGACGUGGAGGGGCACCCGAUUUACCAGCGGUGGGCGUUCCAGCGGGAGAUUGACGAGAGCGUCGCGGCGGGACAGGCGCCGUCGAGGCUGCGGUUCGAGGACGAGGAGGUCAAGGAGGACGGGGAGGGGGAGGGAAAGGAGCUGCGGUGCAAGAAGUGCCGGCGGACGCUGGCCACGCCGCGAUUCGUGCUCGAGCAUGAGCCGCAGGGCCAGGCGCAGGGAGAAUGCGGGCACUUGUUCGUGGAGCCGUUGAGCUGGAUGCGGGAGGAGCUCGAGAAGGGCGCCCUCGAGGGCCGGCUGUGUUGUCCCAACGGCAAGUGCGGCGCGGCGGUGGGGAGGUAUAGCUGGAGGGGGUUCCGGUGCAGCUGCGGCGGAUGGGUCACGCCGGGGUUUAGUCUGCAGAGGGCCCGGGUUGACGAGGCGAAGAAGGUCGGGACGGGCGCGAAGGGGAUGGCUAGCUUGGGGAUCCGGAUGCCGCCUGGGACGGGACGGCUUUAG